CCAGUAGCCUAGCUCCUGGGAGUCAAUCUUGUCACCUCUGCAUUGCCCCCAUUUAGUACUAUCUUCAAAGGUGGGUUCUUUGGCUGGAUUUUGGUGGUGCCCAAAAUACCCUGAAAUCAAAAUGCAAGACAACUCCUCUUAUCUUAUCCUCCCCAACAAUUGGCUUCUAUUUUAGCCCACCAAUCUCCUCUGUGCAAGGAAGUUCUGGAAUUAUGAGAGAUGGGAGCUUGAAGAAGAACAAGAUUUCAUGGACCAAGACUCUGGUCAAGAAAUGGUUCAACAUCAAGAGCAAAGCUGAAGACUUUCAUGCAGAUGACAUCAUUUAUAGAGGUGUUGAUGAUGAAUUGAGGAACAAUUUUGCUGCAAAUGAAACAUUCACUAUUACAAAAAACAGCAAAACAGAAUCCAUCGGUAGGCGCAGCAGCGUUGAUCGUGUUCCCCAACAACCUAAGAUCGACCUCGACACUUCUGAGGUUACAAAUGUGAAUAACUAUAGGCUAUUCGUGGCUACGUGGAACGUGGCCGGGAAAUCCCCACCUAGCAAUCUAAGCCUUGAGGAUUGGCUCCAUACAUCAACUCCGGCCGACAUUUAUGUCUUAGGGUUUCAAGAAAUUGUUCCACUAAAUGCGGGUAAUGUAUUGGGGACAGAAGAUAACGGACCUGCCAGAAAAUGGCUAUCCCUUAUUAGAAAAACGCUAAACAACCUUCCCGGCACGAGCUGUAGCGGUUACCGCACGCCGUCUCCGUUUAGAAAUCCGGUCGUGGAGCAAGAUGUUGACUUCGAGGGGUCCACCCACAAAACGACGUCGUCCCUCUUCCAUCGGCGCUCGUUCCAUUCCCUCACCCCUUCUUCGAUCCCCGAGCCCCGGUUCGAGCGCCGGUUCAGCGUGUGCGACCGGGUCGUGUACGGGAAAAUGCGCAGCAAUUACGACGAGAACUGGGGCGGUUCCUCGGACGAGGAAAACGGACCGGGCGAUUCUCCGACCGGUCUGUAUUCUCCGCACUCGUAUAACGGGUCUGUUUCCAUGGAGGAUGGGGCCCAGUCUAAGUACUGUUUGGUCGCGAGCAAACAGAUGGUCGGGAUUUUUCUCACGGUCUGGAUAAAAUCUUGCCUGAGAGACGAGGUUUCGAACCUGAAGGUCUCCUGUGUUGGGAGAGGAUUGAUGGGAUAUCUUGGGAACAAGGGUUCAAUAUCAAUUAGCAUGUCUUUGCACCAAACAAGCUUCUGCUUUGUUUGUAGCCAUUUAACUUCUGGCCAAAAGGACGGGGACGAGCUAAGAAGGAACUCCGACGUUUUGGAGAUUCUUAAGAAAACGAGGUUUCCCCGAGUCCAUGGCGACGAGAGUUCUCCCCAAACAAUCCUAGAGCACGAUCGAAUCAUAUGGCUCGGGGAUUUGAAUUACCGAAUUGCCCUCUCUUACCGAACUGCGAAAGCGUUAGUGGAGAUGCGAAAUUGGAAAGUGCUGUUAGAGAACGACCAGCUUCGCAUAGAACAGAGAAAAGGGCGCGUUUUUACCGGAUGGAACGAAGGAAAAAUAUAUUUCCCCCCGACUUAUAAGUACUCGAGUAAUUCAGACCGUUACGCGGGUGAAGAUGCACACCAGAAAGAGAAACGAAGGACUCCCGCAUGGUGUGAUCGUAUACUAUGGUGCGGUCGAGGCCUCCAUCAAGUGUCAUAUGUUCGGGCAGAGUCCCGGUUCUCGGAUCAUAGACCGGUUUAUGGCAUAUUCUUGGCCGAGGUUGAGUCUAUUAACCACAACUGGUUGAGGAAAAGUUUGAGCUACUCGAGCUCGAGGAGGAUUGAGGUCGAAGAGCUAUUGCCUUAUUCGCACGGAUACGUCGGGUGGAAUUACUACUAAGAGAACAAUGUGUACUGUUUUACGACAGUAGUAUAAAACCUUUCCUGAGCUUACGACUUUUGGGUUGAGUGGAUUUUGAGCCAAGAUUGUGGAUGAUGGGUUAGUGUCACCUCUGCAGCACAGAUAAAAAGGAUUGAACCUGCAGGGUGUUACAAUCUUUGAUGUUCCACUAUUUGCUGACCAAUAUGCCCUUUUUACUGUCGGCAACAUUCAUUCAACACAACAAGCCUGCAGUAAAUCUGUACCAAAAGAGUGACAGUAUAGAUUUUCAUUGUAUACACAUACCAUUUUUUACUGUUUCUUUUUUUUUUUCUAAUUUUAAGAUAGAUUUGGAAAACAGAUAUCCAAAUGUGAGAGUGAAACAUUUGGUAAGUUCCAUUAUAUUUUCUUACAAAUUUGCUAAGCCUAUAAGCUAACAUAAAUGUAAAGAUAUUUA